AUGACUAAGCUUAAAAUAGAUGAUGGAAAUGCUCGCGAAUGCACACCAGCCAUAUAUGUUGCUGAAAUACUAAUGGAAAAUCGAGGUAGCUAUCUAUCUACCCAAGUACCAACAUACCUCUCAACAGAGUACAAUCGAAGUUUCGUUCGUUCGCUCGUUCGUUCAUUCCCCUCGUUUCCCUUUUCCGGGGUUCGGGCUCCGGUUCCGGUUCCUGUUCCCGUUCCUGUUUGA